AAGAUCCAGUGGAUUCCACCCAAUACUACUCUCACUUGUUACUUCCCUCCACACUCAGAGCCACUGCUCCGCUCAUUCUCUCCACACUCAGAGCCACUGCUCCGCUCCGGGUCGUGUCCUCUCCUGCCUGGAUCUCUGAACCAGCUCUGGGCGGGCUCCCUGCCUCCCGGGCCAAUUUCCCAGUCCUACAGAGCCAAUCCGGGGAGACUUUCCUGAUGAGAUCCCGGUGACGGCUUCUCAGCAACCUCCUUUCCUGGGUUUAUGAGUUCUUCUUUAUCUCCGCAGCUCACUGCCUCUGUCCAACUGUCCGUUCUCCCUCUAAGGAGGUCUCCCCAUUUCUAGAAUGCGCGCUCUCUAGUCUAGCCCCACGCCUCUCACCGCUUAGAUUCCUCUCUGGGCCCUUCUCACCCCCAGGUCUUCGCUUACAUCUUCCUGAAGCCUCUCUGACGCCCCAAGCUGACUGUCCCCGGAGUAGCAGGAAGUCCUACCAGCUCUGAAGCCACUGACGGUCUUGUCGCCUGGUCAAGCCUGUCGCCAGGGUGCCCUGGACCGAGGGCUUUUCGCCCUUGGAGCUCCAGCCACCUCACCCAGCUCUCUUUCAGCUCCUGUUCCUUCUGCCCCUCACCCCUCUUCCUUUGCCACCCCGGGAGUGCCUCCCUGAGCCCCUAGGAUCCCGCGAUCGUUCCACAGGCUUAGGGCACGGGACACGUUUUCUCCCGGGCAGUCGGGAACUCUACGUUCGGGGUGUCACUAGGCCGGGCCCGCCGGGUGUCCCUGGGCCCUCAGCGCCCGGCGCGCAGCAGGUGCACAGCCGGUGCAGGAGCGAUUGCCUGAAGGAGCAUUCUCCGGGGCGCGGGCCUGCUGGGGAGGAAGGGCCCGCGCGCCGCUCCCCAAGCCCGGGACCCCGCUGCACCCUCCGCUCCCCCGUGCGGCGCCGGAAGCGCCCAGCCAGGUCCCCUCCCCGGGGCGCCAGCCGCCUUAUCUCGGCGCCUCGGGGCCUCAGGAGGAGUCCAGGCGCGCCGGGAAGGAGGCGGCGGCGGCAUGGCCAGGGGACCCUGGGGCGUCGGCAUUCCGCUAGGCCGCCUGCUGCUGCCGCUGCUGCUGCUGCUCAGCCUAGCCCGAGGCGCGCCCCGAGCGUGGAGCCAGGACGAUUUCCAUUCGGAUAUCUGUGCCACUUGCCAUGAACAUGCUACUUGCUUGAAAAGAGAAACAACGAGCAUCUGUAUCUGCAAAUAUGGAUUUGUGGGCAAUGGGAGGACUCAUUGUAUUGAUAAAGAUGAGUGCCAGUAUGGAGCCAGUGUGGUCUGUGGGAACCACACAUCUUGCCACAACACACCCGGAGGCUUUUAUUGCAUUUGUCUGGAAGGAUAUCGAGCCACAAACAACAACAAGACGUUCAUCCCCAAUGACGGCACCUUUUGCACAGACAUAGAUGAGUGUGAGGUUUCCAGCCGGUGCAGGCGUGGAGGACGGUGUGUGAACACUCGUGGGAGCUACGAAUGCUACUGUAUGGAUGGGUACUUGCCAAAAGGUGGACCUGAGCCUUUCCAUCCGACCAGAGAUGCCACGUCAUGCACAGAAAUAGACUGUGGGACCCCUCCUGAGAUUCCAGGUGGCUACAUCAUAGGAAAUUAUACCUCUAGGCUUGGCAGUCAGGUUCAUUAUGCUUGCAAAGAAGGAUUCUUCAGUGGCUCAGAAGAUACAGCUUCAAGCUGCACAGCCAUGGGCACGUGGGAGUCCCCCAAAUUAAGUUGCCAAGAGAUUGACUGUGGCCGCCCUCCAGAAGUGCAGCACGCGAUCCUAGAGGGGAAUCACAGCUCCAGACUGGGCAGUGUGGCUCACUAUGUCUGUCUAGAGGGCUUUGAGAGCCCUGGAGGAAAGAUCACUUCCGUUUGCACAGAGAAGGGCACCUGGAGAACCAGUGCUUCGUCAUGCUCAGAAAUAAUUAUAGAAAUUAAUGAGGUGUCACUGUUUAAUAACACCUGUGUGAGGUGGCAAAUAAACCCAGGAAGAAUAAACUCCAAGAUCGAAUAUGUGAUAUACCUAAAAGGACAGCGGUUGGACCCCCUGGAAUCAGGUCAUGAGGAGACAGUUAAUUUGACCACAGAGAGCAGGACCCCAGAAGUGUGCCUAGACCUGUACCCGGGCACCAACUACACCGUGAACAUUUCUACAGCCCCUCCCCGACGCUCCGUGCCAGCCGUCACUGAGUUCCAGACAGCUGGUGAUGAUCUCUUAGAAGAUGAUGGGAUUUUCAAUAUUUCAAUUUUUAAUGAAGUUUGCUUGAAAUUGAACAGGCAUUCUAGGAAAGUUGGAUCAGAACAAGUGUAUCAAUUUAAAGUUUUAGGUCGAAGGUGGUAUCUGAAUACUUUUUAUCACGCAACAUCGUUUAACUUCACUACGAGGGAACAGACGGCAGUGGUGUGUUUAGAUCUGUAUCCAGCAACUGACUACUCAGUGAAUGUCACCCUCCUGGGAUCUCCGGAGCGGCCGUCGGUGCAAACAACAGUAACCACCGCACCAGCAGUAAAACAAACCAUCAGUAACAUUUCAAUAUUUAAUGAAACCUGCUUGAGAUGGAGAAGUAUGAAGACAGCUGAUAUAGAGGAGAUGUAUUUAGUCCACAUUUGGGGCCAGAGAUGGUAUCAAAAAGGAUUUGCCCAGGAAAUGAUAUUUAAUAUCACUGCCAGCAGUCAGACUCCUGAGACGUGUUUGGACCUGAGUCCAGGUACCAACUACAGUGUCAGCAUCCAGGCUUUGUCCUCCGAACUUCCUGUGGUCAUCUCCCUGACAACCCAGAUAACAGAGCCUCCCCUUCCGGAAGUAGACUUUUUCACUGUGCAUGGAGGGCCUCUGCCACGCUUGCGACUGAGGAAAGCCACGGAGAAAAAUGGACCCAUCAGUUCAUAUCAGGUGUUAGUGCUUCCCUCGGCCCUCCAAAGCACAUUUGCUUGUGAUUCUGAAGAGGCUGCUUCAUUCUUUAGCGAAGCUUCUGAGGCCAGUGGAUACGUGACUGCAGAACUGCUGGCCAAGGAUAUUCCCGAUGAUGCCAUGGAGAUACCUAUUGGAGACAGGCUGUACUAUGGGAAAUAUUAUAAUGCACCCUUGAAAACAGGGCAUGAUUACUGCAUUAUAUUACGAAUCACAAGUGAAUGGAAUGAGGUGAGAAGAAGUGCCUGUGCAGUCUGGGCUCAUGUAAAAGGUUCAUCACUCACAUUCUUGCUGCCGCAGAUGGUGGGCAUUGGGCUGGGCUCCAUGGCUGUCGUGAUCGUCCUCGCAUUCCUCUCUUUCUCAGCAGUUUGAUCGCCGGCGGGCACUGUGUGAAGAGGACGCACUGCUGCUGGAGCAGAUGCGGGGGCCUGCGCAGAGGCCCCGUGUGUGCGUGGACCUGCAGUCCCAUCCCUAGAUUCAAGAUGGUCACUAUCUCUUUGGCAUCCCCCCAAGGAGGACACUCAGGAAUUGCUGCUGUCUUCCCUGUAUCUCUGAACCUGAGAACCUUGAUGUGUGUGAUGUUGACCACAGGCUGCAGGUCACGUGGGCUGGGCCUGUGUUCUCCUCCAAGUGAUACCUGAGAGUCUCUGCCUCUUCCUUCAGAGCAUCUCUGUUAUGAAUUCAGAAUCUGUUCUUUUACAAUAAGUAAUGACAUACACAGGCUUCCCUUGUAGCUCAAUUGGUAAAGAAUCUGCCUGCAAUGCAGGAGACCCAAGUUUGAGUCCUUGGUUGGGAAGACCCCCUGGAGAAGGAAAUGGCAACCUACUCCAGCAUUCUUGCCUGGAGAAUCCUAUGGUCACAGAAGCCUGGCAGGCUACAGUCCAUGGGGUCACAAGAAUAGGACAUGAGUUAGCAACUACACCACCACCAAUGAGAUACAUUGAGAUGUGGGCUAGAGUCUGACUGUAGGAGGGACGUCAUUGCAAAGGAUAGAGAUCAUUGACUGAGGCAAACGUGUCAGACACUUUAGAAGCACCCCUUUUCCUGCAGUUAGUGACACACUAAUUAGAAAGCAUGCCAGCCUGAGACUUCCCUGGUGGUCUACUGGUUAAGACUCCAUGCUUCCACUGCAAGGGGCAUGGGUUCAUUCCUGGUGAGGGAACUAAGAUGUUGUGUGGUGUGGCCAAAAUGAAUAAAUAAAGAGUUUUAAAAUACUGAAAAAAGGGAAGAAAGAAAAAGAAAGUAUACUAUCCUGGCCACUCCAGUAAGUUCCUUGCAGUGUCUGGUAGGCAGCCAUUACUUUGAUACAGUUCCCUUUGUCUUAUAUGUAUUCAAAAGCCAUGAGUCUUCUUCCAGUAAAAAAAUAUUCUGUUAACUUAGUUCUCUUCCACAUGAAGGUUUAUAGCAGCCUUGAUUAAUUUUUUUUUAUUACUGCUUCCUAAAAAUGUGCUUUAGAUUGAGGGUUCGUGUGAUAACAAUAGGUCGCAAUAAUAUGAAGCCCGUGGCCAGAGCCUGUGUGUUUACAGGAGAGGGGAACAAUGUGGUUGACAUGAUCCUGCGUUUUAUCUACAACAUCAGUGACUACGAGUGUUACUUUAUCACUAACCAUGACACAUUAGGUGUUAAGCAAUCUUGGGCCCGAUGUCAAUAUGCUGAAUUGACAGAUGGAGUGGAUUCAAUUUGACUUUUGAAGCCCGAUUCAGUGUUCCUGAACUUUCCUUCCUAAACUACAGGGUAACUCCAAGGCUCAGCAAGGCAGGAAGGGAGAAGGACAGAGUCUUGUGGCUUCUCUAAGGGACAGUGGUGUCCUCUUCCACCUUCUCCCUUUGUCUCCAGGCCUGGAGAAUAGAGAACUUGGGAAGGAGGUGGGGGGCAGCUUAUUGCCCAACUCGGGGUGCAACAUAGAUGAACGUGGUCCUAGAAUUGGGCAACACUGGGUCCUAAAGAAAAGGGACAGCCUUUCCGACGUGGUGGGCUGGCAUAUGCUCCACUGGCUCCCUGGGCAUCAGUGAGGGACACAUCUGAGCAGCCUGGGCUUGUGGGCUGAUGAGGAGACAAGGGCAGAGAUAGAACAGGUGAAAGCUGUCUAUGAAGCUGCUCCCAGCCCAAGGCAUCUCUUCUCAACUUUGACGAGUCAGAGAGAGUGAAGUGGUACCGAGAUGCUUGGGCUUUCAAGGUCAGCUGUUGGCCCUGCCCCUGACCAGUACUGGACAGUAUUAGGAAUAGUUGUCCUUCGUCCUGAGGUACCAGCUCAGACUGCAACUUAGGAUCAACAUGAGAACCACACCUGCCCUCAUCUCAGGUGAACUAUAGAGUAGAACUCUCAACAGACUAAUACAAACAGCUUCCUACUUUUAAUUUUUAUGUGCAGCAAUUCACAUUUAGACUGUUUUCACAGCUCUUGGGUUAAUUUUGGGAAUCAUUACAAAUUCUUGCAGUUAGUAUUAAGUAAGGUCUCUGGUGAGUAAGGAUUUCCCUCAAAAGCCCCCUCUGUUCAAAGAAUCUGAGCCUCCUCCCCUCAUUAUUAUCUAUUGCCAGUUCUGUGAAUGCCGUAUGUUUCUGUAGUUCCCCCUAAUUUCCAGUUCUCAAAUUAACUGCCAAGGAAGCUACAGUUGUCCAUAUGGGAACUUAGCAUAACUGUCAUUGAAAGGAAGAGAUCCCAUUUGCUUGGUAUCAAAAGUGUCUGCCUAAAACAACUAACGAAAUACGAAGUAAAAUGUACUUCUGGGUACGUGCAGAAACAUAAAAGCAGUUCAUGAAAGAGUACUGAAAUAGCAAAAACAGAGACUUUGCUCCUUCUUCUGAAUGUUCCAGAUUAUAACACAGAGUUGCUAGGUGUUAAUACUUAACAGAAGCAGGUGCUGAACAUUUGCAAAAAAGAUGCACCAUUUUCCUGCAGUUCUUUCCUGAUCAUUUUCUCAUACACAUGAAGGCAGCUUUAAGUUCUCUGAAUUUACCUGGUUAGCUUUACCACAGCACCAUCCUUUUUUUCCCAAGUGGAUUCCUGGCUAAGGCAGGAGAGCAUCACAGGAGACCAAUGGUGAGUCUUCCUGUAAGCAUUUAGGAUCCUUCUGUCGAAGGCCGGAUUAGGUAGCAGUCAGAGUUGAGGGCCACUAAAUAAAGCUUGGUCCUCAAGUAGAGAUGGAGAAAGGCUCUUUUCUUAAUUAACUGUCUUGGUGACAGUGUAUAGAGGUGAGUGCUAAGAUUUAGUCUUGAGUGCCCUGCUAAAUUAAAAAUAAAAAUUGGAGGGUUACCCAGAUAUUGGACAGUUUGUUUCCUGGCUGACUUUUUGUUUUUGGUGCCCAUAGUUUUUGUUUAUCUCCACCAUAGUUUUUGUUUAUACAUGUUCUUUCAUUCAGUCCUCACAGCAGUUUUGUGUGGUGGGAAGCUUAGGGGUUAUCAUUUCCCCAUUUCAAAAUGGAGAGAUAGGUUCUUACAAAUAUGUAACUUCAGUUGUGGGGCCAAAUAUUCUGGCAGGAAGUCCAGUGCUCAUUUGGGAUUUGACAGGACCAUUGAUUCUUGGGAGAGUCAGGUUUUUAUAUUUCCAAACCAUGUAUAUAUAUAUAACAAUAUAUAUACUGUUACUGCCUUUAUUGUAGCACCUGUGCCUUUUUAUACUUAUCCUUUCACUGUAGAUACCUUCCCUCACCACUUCUAGAAGGAGCCAUAAAAAAACAAAAUAGGUGGAGGUUAAUUAGGGGAAAUAGGUAAUAGUCCACCCAUAACUCCAGACCUAUAAUUGCAGCUGGGCCCUUUAAGAUGAAGACCAGAGCAGAACUGAUUAUCUUUGACAUUCUGCAGUAGCUUGGAAAAAAGUUAAUACUUAAAUUGAUUUUAAAGGAAGUAAAAAAAGAAUUCUCAAGGCUCCCUUCAUAUUGCUAACGCAUAUUUUGAUUUCCUAAACCUUUAAUUUUUCCAUUUGAUUCACCAAAGAGAAAGCCAGUAGUAGUAGAAGUCAAUCAAAUGGUAUUUUUAAGGACUGUUUUCCUCCUACAGCCUUUAUGGGUUAAACUCAAGUGCUCAGUUUUGGAGAGGAAAGAGGGUGUGCCUUUUUGUGUGUCUGUGGCCAAGUGAUUCAGUGAGGCAAAUCAGUUUUAAGAAGAGUGCAUGCCCAUUGUCUCAGAGAGAGAAUGAAUGAGUCAUUUUGGUGAUAUAUGUGUGUGUGUGUGGAUAUGGAUAUGUUUCCAUAUCCAUACUUUGUGGGCACAGCUAGGGGUUACCGAAACUCAAAAAUCUCAAAGAAAGUUUAUGCCAGUUUAUGCUCUCACCGGCGGGAAGCCUCAACACAAGUGGCAUCAUUGAUAUCCUUAAUCUUGAUUAAUCUGGUAGGUGGAAAAUGACCGUCCAAUGCUUUGUUCGCAUUUCUCUGUUUUGCAUGUUGAUGGUCCUUUGUAAUUCUGUUGGGGUGCCUUUUUUUCCCUCAGUAGUUGGCUUGAAUCUUAUAUUGAUUUGAAAAAGCUCUUUAUAUUAUGGUGAUUUUCACUCUUAACUGUCACCUAUGUUGUCAACACAUUUUCUACUUGAUCAUUUCCCUUCUGACCUUGUUUGUGUCAUGCAUUGCCACACAAAAACUUUAUAUCUGUGUAGUCAAGUGUAUCAGUCUUUUUCCUUAUGUAUUUUGCCCUUGGACCUUCCAUUCUCAAAAUAAUAACUGUAAUUCAUCAGUUUGUAAAAAAUUUAAGUCUUUAAAUGUUCUGAAACUUAUUUUAGUAUAAAGAGUGAGGUUGGGAGGGGUCUUUUUUUUAUUUUUAUUGUUGCUAAAUGGUUUAGCCAGUUGUUCUACGCGUAUUCCUUGACUGCUAUUUUUUUCUCUGGCGAUUUGACUCAUAUACUGAAUCAAAUACUAGAGUCUAUUUCUGAACUUUCUCUUUUGUUGUACUAAUUUAUCUCUAUGCCAAUACCACUUGCUUUGAGUUUAAAAUAGGUUUUUUUUUAAUAUCAAGUAAAAAUGAGUUACCACCCUUUUUCUGUUAAUUCUCAAAGUAUCCUCAGGUUUUAUUAUAUAUUUAUUCAUGAAUACAUAUUUAUUAUAUGUAAACUAAAGAAUUAUUUGGUUAAAUUCCUCCCCCCCCAAUCUUCAUAUUUUUCUUGGGGAUGUAUUAAAUAAAGAGUACUUCUAUCCCAGAACAUGAUA